UAUAUUCAUGCAUUUUCUCUGCCCAGUACAACUUCAUCAAAAUUUCUGUUCUCAUUAGUAGAGAAUAAAGCAGUUAAUUUGAUCAAAUCACUACUUUUAAAUCUUUUUUAGGUAUUAUUGCAUUUUCACUUUUUUCACUUUACUUUUUAUGCUUUCCUCAGUCUCUACGCGGUCGAAAUCAAAAUGGCGGAUGAGAGUUUCGCAAACAGUGAAUUUUCUUAUGUUUUAGUCGGAAAUAUUCCUUCAAAAUUUCACUCUGUGGACCUGCGUUCGUUUUUUUCGCAGUUCAUUGAAUCGGGGAAGUUCGACUGCUUUCAUUUUCGCCAUAGACCCGAGGUUUUGAAGCGGAAAAACGAAAAUGGUGACAACUUUUUAGAUGCAACAUUGGAGUCAAUUAAAGGCAAGACAACGUGUUGUGUUGUUAGAUUAAAGGAGGAGAAUUUGAGAGAAUUACUUCAGGUUUACGACGGUGAAAAUUGGACAGAUAGACAUGGAAAAUUAGGCUCCCAAAAGGCUGUAAUUUCUAGGAUAACUAUCAAAAGUUCUGAAGGAUCAAGUGAUAUAUAUAAGACAAGGAAGGAAACAAGAAAUCACAAGAGAGAAAAAGUUGAAUUUGACAUGGAAGACUUGAUCAAACUCUCUGAGUUUCAUCCCCCGUCUUUCAUGCCAAAUGGCAAUGUCGGUACCACUUUAACAAGCUUCAUGAGUUUGAUCCGUUCAUGUCAAUUGCCGCCGCACAUAAUCAAGAAGUUGGGGCUUAGUUUUCCAAGCGGCCGUAGCAAGCGUUGUUAUGGCAAUGUGAGGUUUGAUUAUGCAAACAAUGCUAAUAAAAGUCGUUUCUCAAGAAAAAAGGGAAAGUUAAAAGAAACUCUUAAUUCGAAAAGGGCAUUAAAUCAAUGUAACUCGUUAGGACCUUUGUUAGAAAACAGUAAUGAAGUAAUUAACCAAUCAUCACUAAGUGAUGCAACUUACACUGAGAAUAAGCAGAGUAAUGUGACCAGGACUAUAAGCAUUUCAUCAUUGGAAAAUGUUGCUGAUGAACAAAGUACUUCAUGUAAUGAAAAUGAGCCAUUAUCGGACACAGAUUCUGAGCCGGAAGAAGACUGGGAACGACAUGAAGCACUCCAUGAUGACGUGGACUCCCAAGGUCGGACAAAGGAGCGGCUGUUUGAGAAUAAGAUUGAACUGAAAUGGGAAAAGGGAGGAAGUGGGUUGGUGUUUUAUACUGAUGCAGCAUAUUGGGACAGUUUAAGUGGGGACUUUGAUGAGCAAACAGCUGAUGACUGGGACAUUGAUAUGGGGAUAUAUGAGAAGGAAGGCUAUGGUGACAGACAUGCAAAAGCUCUCAUGGACAUUAGACAUGCAGAACAAAGAGACUUGGAAGCUGAUCACAACGUGGAUAUCGGUAGUUUUGAAAAACACACCAAGGGGUUUGGUAGCAAAUUAAUGAAGGAGCAAGGUUGGACGAAAGGAUCCAGUUUAGGCAGUUCUCAAGGUAUAACCGAACCAAUUCCUAACGAAUUACCACAUUGUAAGACUGGACUCGGCUAUUAUGGGGAGAAAUUAGAACGACAUGUCAAAAGGCCUCGGGUUGACAAAGAGGUUGUUAUAUCAACCGUAUUGAGCUAA